GUAACGACCUCUCCCCAGGCGGUGGUCAUCUCUUCCAACAGCAUCACCUCCACCAUCCUCCAGGGGCAGGCGCCCAUCGCGUUUCCGUCAGCCACACAGGCGCAGGUUGUGAAAAAGAUCGACCAGGAUGGCCAGGUAACCAGCACGACAGUGGCCCAGCAGGUGCCUCGCCACCGCAUCCUGCACAACAGUUUUGACAUCAUGAACCCGCUAAUCAUAGACGAGACGAACGGCACGGAAACGAAACGGAAGCAGCCCCCGUUGGUGUUUAGGGCCGGCACAAGGGAAGUACACAACAAGCUGGAGAAGCACCGGAGGGCCCACCUGAAGGAGUGCUUCGACAUACUGAAGAAGCAGCUGCCCUCCACCCAGGACGAGAAGAAGACGUCCAACCUGAGCAUCCUCCAUUCCGCCUUGCGCUACAUCCAGACGCUCAAGAGGAAAGAACGAGAACUGGAACACGAGAUGGAGAGGUUGGCCCGCGAAAAGAUCAGCGCCCAGCAGCGCUUGGCCGUGCUGAAGAAGGAGAUCUCGUCCCAUUACGACAACGUCGACUUCUCGAAACUCCUGCCGGACGUCGUACCGUCCAUGCAGAACGGAGGCGGUACCAGCAACUCCUUUUCGGAAGCAGUGACCACGGUCAUCGACUCGAGGUGCGAACCGGUAACCACCAGCAGCUGUUCGGGUCAGCAGAACGGAGGCGGGGAAAAAGUGGCCAUCCCCAUCCUGGCUAAGGCGGCCAUUCCCGUCGUCACGCAGACGAUGGCCCCCAUGAAAGAG